AUGAUAGAUAUAGAAAACAAUGUGGCGAAAUGCUGUUUGUGUUCAAUGGAGACGACACCAGGAAAUAUUCAGGUAAACCGACUAAUCGCCCUUGCCCUGCAGGCACAAAACGCAGACCAGAAUAAUUGUAACAAGGAUGAAGAUACCAUAAAGGAGUUUGAAAUGCUAGCUAACGAUUUAAGGAAUAAUGUUUCAGAAAAGCCCAACCCUGGAGAAACUGUCUCUCUGAAGAGAGACGAACUAAAACAAAGCAUAACGGAGUUCUACUGUAAAUUUAUUGAGGAAGUCACUACUUACCUGAAAGAGCAAAGUGCUGACAUUCUUUCUGAAUUAGACUCAAUAUUUGAAAAAUACGAACAUGAAAGUGCCAUGAAAGAAAAAAGAAAGCAGAUGUUUGCUGAGGAAAUAGAGACGUUAUUCAAAUUAUUUAGCAGUGUUUACACUGACAAAACACAAUUAUUAAUGGAAGAUCUUGUCCACGAGAUGAGUGCCUACUUUGGAAAAUGUCGAAGCUUGCUAGAUAAAAUUGGAGUUGUGGAGUGUGAUGUUAACUUUCUGUCAGGAUAUGAACAGAAAGAUCUUGUUUUAGCAACCAAUUUCGGUGCUUUAGUUGAUCAAACAACCACCGAAGAAAGAAAUAAUGUUGAUGACUGCACUGAAAAUACCGAGCCCUCAGUCAGUACCAGUCAGCCCUCAGUGGCCAAUACGGAGGAGAAUUUCUCCGGUGAAAGGUCAUCUGAUGACGUCACAAAUAAUGCAACAUGUGACGUGGCAUCAGAAGCAUACCCACAGACAGAGUCAGAUUUAAACACAUCACACGACGAGGAGAUAGAAAACGAAAGUCAGACAGUCGUACAGGGAACCGAGAAUUCAACAAAUUCUGAUGAUUAUGCAUCAGGCUCUCAAUCGGUGCUAUCUCCAACAAACGAUAUUAACUCAAUCACAAUUUGUCCUACCGACCCUCAGUCCAUGAAUUCAUCAUCUAAUUAUGCAGAGGAAGAAGAACCCCCUCCUCCGUACUGGAUGGCUAUCGGAGAGAAUGGGCCGAGUGAGCAGUCUUCAUUUUUAUCGAAUAUAGGGUGUAGAAACGUUAAUCCCAGGAGGUCACCUCGAUUAUCAAGCUCAUCUUCCUCUAGUGUGUCAUCCUCAAGAAGAUCAGGUCAAGGAACAAAUAUUCCACAAAGAGGUAGUUUUAAUUUACAAAAUCAAGGCACUGUUCAUACUUCCAACCCCCUGCAGUAUGCUACUCACGGGUUGUCAAUUCGAACACAGCUACCUGACGAUUUUAGAACUGGCCCAAUCGUUGCCAUAGCAUGGAUGAAAGACAGACUGGUGCUGGUUGAUCGUUUCAACAGUAAGCUCAAAAUGUUUUUGGAAACUGGCGAAUUUCUCCACAGCUUGAAGUUCGUGGAUGGCGAACCAUGGGACGUUUGUGCCAUUAAUGUUGUGGAGAUGUUGAACAACCCAUUGACAUGUGGUAUAACUAUCCCAAGAAAAAGAUUUGUCAUGCUAAUCCAAAUACUAGAUGGAAGAACAAUGCUGAUUGGUCACCGUCUUGCCACUAGAAGAGGAUAUUCCUGUCUUGCUUACGAUCAGAAGAAUGGAGCACUAGUAUGUGGAGUUUCUUCCCCGUUUGGAACUGCAGGUAUUGACGUCAUCAACACAUCCGGCGUUCUUCUAGCACAGUUUCCGUUACCAGCAGAAGUUCUGGUGCGGUCAAUCGACGUUUCAAUUAAAGAUGUCAUUAUAAUUUGUGAUUGGAGAAAAAACAAUGUUAUAUUCUUGAAUAAAAGCGGAGCCGUCAUUGGACAAUUCAGCGGGUCAUUAGAGCCUGUCGGAACAUGCACUGAUGGUCGUGGGUUUUUACUGGUUGCAGAUUCGAAAUCCAAUGCGAUACAUAUUUUGACAAUGAAGGGGGAGAUUUACGGCAAAAUAAAAUCAAGCUGUCCAAUUGUACGACCAAAAGAAAUUAACGUUCGUCCUGACGGACCACCGAGACUGGCCCUGUCCCACGGAUCUAUGUUUGUGGAAGUGUUCGAUUUGUUUGAAAGUGAAACCUCCCUCCCAAUCAUUCCCACAGCGCCUCCAUCACUGCAGUGA